UCUCAGUGCGCACUUCCUGGUUUUUCAGCAAAUGAAGAAAUCAAGUUGUUUUUAAACCUGAGCACCGGUGGGAAACCGACCCACCACUGACUGAGCAUCAAAAUGCCACCCAGAAACAGCCGCAGCCUGGUUCUGGUCGUCGUGUUUGGUCUUUUUGUAUGUGCCUGCUGUCAGUUUGCAACUCUGGACCACCUCAAACCGAAAGCCAGCAACAAGGCUCAGGGGCGAGCCGUGGUUGGGCUGCUCAAGCGACUGAUCGGGAACAGAUCCACGGAGUUCAUCGUGUCGGUCAACAAGAGCCUCUCCAACGACAGCCUGGACCUGUGUGAGCUCCGGUACACCAAGAACCAGAAGGUGGUGGCCACAGGCAGCAGCGGGGUGGCCGUGGCCUCUGGCAUCUACAACUAUCUGAAGUACUUCUGCAACUGCCAUGUUUCCUGGUCCGGUGACCAGCUGGACCUGCCCCGUCCUCUGCCGAGGCUCACGGGCGUCCUGCGCAUCAACACGCCGCACAGAUUCCGGUAUUACCAGAACGUCUGCACUGUCAGCUACUCCUUUGUGUGGUGGGACUGGCCAAGAUGGGAGAGAGAAAUCGAUUGGAUGGCGCUCAAUGGAAUCAACCUGCCGCUGGCUUUCACUGGCCAAGAGGCCCUGUGGCAAGAGGUCUACCGAGCUCUUGGGUUAAACCAGUCAGAGAUUGAGGAGUUCUUCGCUGGCCCGGCGUUUCUGGCCUGGAACCGCAUGGGGAACAUGUUCAAGUUCGGUGGGCCUCUGCCCCAGUCCUGGCAUGUGAACCAGCUCUCUCUCCAGUUUAAGAUCUUAGAGCGAAUGAGAUCCUUCGGUAUGAUUCCUGUGCUGCCGGCCUUCUCUGGGAACAUUCCCCCAGGAAUCCUCAGGUUGUAUCCUAAAGCCAAUGUAACCAGACUGGGGCCGUGGGCUCAGUUCAACUGCAGCUUCUCAUGCUCCUAUAUCUUAGACCCUCGAGACCCGCUUUUCCUCCAGAUCGGCUCCCUCUAUCUGUCCCAGGUGGUGAAGCAGUUUGGUACAGAUCACAUCUACAACACAGACACCUUCAAUGAGAUGAUUCCACCUUCCUCUGACCCCGCCUACCUGUCUGCAGUCAGUCGCUCUGUCUUUGCCACAAUGACUGCAGUUGACCCUCAGGCAAUUUGGCUGAUGCAAGGCUGGCUGUUCUUCAGUGCUGCCUGGUUCUGGAAGCCAGCCCAGAUUCAGGCCCUACUACAUGGAGUGCCCCUUGGACGAAUGAUCGUGCUGGAUCUGUUUGCUGAGACGGAGCCAAUUUUCUCCUACACCCAGUCUUUCUAUGGACAGCCUUUCAUCUGGUGCAUGUUGCAGAACUUUGGGGGUAACAGUGGAUUGUUUGGCGCAGUGGAGAGCAUCAAUUCAGGGCCUUUCAAUGCCUUACAUUUCCCAAACUCCACUCUGGUGGGCAUAGGCAUGACACCCGAGGGCAUUGAGCAGAAUCCUGUGAUGUUCGAGUUGAUGAGCGAGCUGGCCUGGCGCAAGGAGCCGGUCAACUUGUCCAAGUGGGCGUCGCUGUAUGCAGCGCGACGCUACGGCAGCACACAAGAGAAUCUGACGGUUGCAUGGAGGCUCCUGUUUGCCAGCGUUUACAACUGCACGGUGCCACAUUACCGAAACCACAACCACAGCCCACUGGUGCGCCGGCCUUCCUUUCACAUGAAUAUUGACAGGUGGUAUGACCCAGCUGACCUGUACAAGGCCUGGAAACUGAUUAUCGAGGCUGCUCCGUCUCUCAUGUCCAAAGAGACUUUCCGGUACGAUCUCGUGGAUGUGACUCGGCAGGUCCUACAAGUCCUAACGUCAUCCUUCUACCAGGAUAUCACCGAUGCCUUCCACAAACAAAAACUGCCAGAGCUGCUGACUGCAGGUGGGGUUCUGCUGUACGACCUCUUGCCUGAGCUCAAUCGUUUGCUUAAUAGUGACCGCAACUUCCUGCUGGGGACGUGGCUGGAGCGGGCCCGAUCCUUCGCCCUGGAUGAGAAGGAGGCACAGCUUUAUGAUAUGAACGCCAGAAACCAGCUUACUCUGUGGGGUCCCAGUGGUGAGAUUCUGGACUACGCCAGCAAAGAGUGGGGAGGCCUCAUGGAGGACUAUUACGGCCAGCGAUGGGGCCUCUUUGUUAACACCCUGGUAGAAUGUCUGGACAGCGGACGACCAUUCAAGCAGGACGCCUUCAACCAGGCAGUUUUCCAGAUAGAAAAGGGAUUCACUUACAACAGCCGAAGAUACCCGACCAAGCCUCAGGGUGACACGUAUGAGAUCGCCCGCAGGAUCUUCCUCAAGUACUACCCACAGGCCUUAAAGAGACUAUAGUAAACAGGGACUACACUUUGGAAUAACUUACAGCAAGAAGAAUGUCUUCCUCCACCUCCAGUUUUCCACAGCUAUCCCAAAACUUUUUGAUGUAUAAAAUCAACAGCCUGAAUUAACAGGAACUAUCUGUUUUGCACAUGUAGGAGGAGCAGUGGAUAGUUGUGUAUAUUUUAAGGUUAAGAAAAGGGAUUUUCACUUUAUAUUCCAAUGGAUCAAAUACCCAAUCAUGCCUUUUUUGAAUAGGUGAAGGAAAGAAAGUUGCGACAUGUUAACGACAGACAAGACUUUGUGAAGGUAUUGUCAACUGAUCUGAAAUUGUUUAACAUUUUUGAGAUCGGCAGAUGAGGAGAAUCUUGUGUCUGCUUAUAUGGAGCUGGUGAGCCUAGUUUAGCAUAAUGAGUGGAAGCCGGUCAUCACAGCUGGCCUGACUCUGUCCACAGUAGAAUCAGAGCUGAAGCUGUAUGACCUGUGUGAUGUUUGUUUUAUCCUGUGUACCAACAGAAAUGUGCAAAUGACUGUUUGUGGUUUUAAGGGAAGUUAAAUGCUGGAAACACGAGCUAACAACAGUUACCAAUUAUAAAGACACAGUCAAACCAAACACGCCACUCCAGUGUGCACCGGUCCCACAGUUCUCCCUCCCUCUUGUUGUUCAGCCACAAACAUUUCUCCUAUCUUUUUUUUUUUUUUAGUUCUUCUUUUGAAGAAGGUGCCUACCAGUUGAACACAGUGCCUUUCUCUCACCAUCUCCUGUUAUAAAUGUGACGGAGGUAUUAAGCUCAGGUGUGGUUCAUUGUUGGAAAAACAAAAUAGACACAAGGCAGAGUAGGGCGGGUCUGGCAAAAAAAGCAGUGGUAUCCUUUAUCUCUUGCUUCUACUUAAUGCUAAGCUAGGCUAAACAUGUCUUGACUCCAGCUCUGUAUUUAACGUAACACACAGACACGAGAUUGAUAUCCAGCUGAACAUGUCACUUUUAUAAAGCUCAUUUUCCAACAUCUUAAACAAUUCCUUUAAAUCACAGGUCCUACACUCUCACCACAGAUAUCACAUGGCAUUGAAACAUCUGCCGUCCUGCCGACAGAUGUGUUUGAUCUUGCUGAUCUAUAUUCUACUGUCAGUAAGAUUGGACAGUUCAGAUUCUGUAAGGUUUUAUAAGCAGGGUAAGAUAUUGUCACAAUGUUUUAGAUGACUUAAGUGUAGAUGAGACCUUUCUUUUUGAUCAUAGUAGUGUCAGUUAAGGACGAUCUAUUUUGGGAGAAUGAUUAUCACUACCUGAGCACAGCUUCAAUUCAUAAUGUGCCAACAAAUGUUACAUGCUGCACAAUAUUUGGUGUCUUUUUUGUAAAAAUGCUAUUUUUGUAUUUUGAUGAAUUAAACUGUUGUGAUUCUUCAACUCAGGCAUGUCAUAAACGUCUUCAGGCUGUGUGACUGCUUCAUCCUCCACCUCUGUUGUUGGUGUGCUCAGUAAUGACAUUAACUCCACACAUUGACUUGGAUAUAUCAGUCAAUCCCAGCAUGAUGUAACACCUAGGCCAGGGGUCAGCAACCUUUACAGUCAAAAGGGCCAUUGUUGCGCCCAUCCCUUGCCAGUAAAAUCUGUCUGGAGUCGCAAAAUAUUUGUGUCUUAUAAUGAACAAAACACAGCCUAGAAAGUCUGAAUUAUAUUAAUGUCUAAACUAUCAAGAUUAUUAAUAGGCCUAAAUAAACAUUAAUUUAUAUUUUACAUCAUGUAGCAACUCUGCAGUGGGUUCCUUAUUCUUACGGUAUAAGGUAGUUAAACGUUGCACUUCCCUUUCAAUGAUGCCAUGUUUUGGUGCAUUUAUGAAAUAAAAGAACUAACCUAUAAUAAAUGUCAAACCCACUGGAAGCCGCUGCAUCUGGCUGCAGACCCCUGACCAGUAUCCCUCUCUCUUUUUAAGUUUACUCUAAAAUCUACUUUUUUGUGAAAUACUGGAUACAUUUUUUACACAUAGAGAGAGCACUGAUUAUAUGUAUAUAUCAUAAAAUUAUAUAAAUACUCA